AUGGCUAAAAUGCAUUUGAUUGUUUCUAUAAAUACAGCUCUGAAUCCAGGGCUGCUCCCGGCCCCAGUUGUGCUCUUGCUGCUCAGCUGUCAGAAGUUUAUAGAGUUUGAAGAUGCACUGGAACAGGAGAAGAAAGAACUACAAAUCCAAGUGGAACACCUUGAAUUUCAGACUCGACAGCUGGAGCUGAAGACCAAAAACUAUGCAGAUCAGAUUUCACGACUGGAGGAACGUGAAUCAGAAAUGAAGAAAGAGUAUAAUGCUCUACAUCAGCGUCACACAGAGAUGAUCCAGACCUACGUGGAACACAUUGAGCGAUCCAAGAUGCAGCAAGUUGGGGGAAAUAAUCAAACUGAGGGCAGUCUACCUGGGAGAAGCAGGAAGGAACGUCCUAACUCUCUGAAUGUCUUCCCCCUCGCGGAUGGCAUGGUACGUGGGCAGAUAGGGGCCAAGAUCGUCCCAACACUGGACCACUGGCACCUGAGUGACCUCGGCCAGCUGCAGUCCAACUCCAGCUACAAGGUUUUAUAG